AUGGCGGUCAGGUCCAGAGCUGUGAAUGCGGCCCAUACCGCUGGGAUCUUCGCCGACAUGUCCCUCGACGGUCCAGAAAUCGGCACUCUGGUUGCGGUUGUCGACCGGGCGAGGAAUCUUCCAAACAGAAAAACAAUGGGAAAGCAAGAUCCUUACUGUGCAAUGAGGUUGGGCAAGGAAGCCAAGAAGACCAAUACCGACAAAAGAGGAGGGCAAACACCCAAGUGGGACCAGGAGCUUCGAUUCACCGUCCACGACUCCCUCGACUACUACAAACUAAAGUGUUCCGUCUUCAACGAUGACAAGAAGACCGAUCUCAUCGGUGAAGCCUGGAUUGACCUCCGUGAGGUGAUUGUGCCCGGUGGUGGGCAGAACGAUCUUUGGCACCAGCUGAAUUUCAAGGGCAAAUACGCCGGCGAUGUACGGGUUGAGUUGACAUACUAUGAUACAAGACCGCCGCCGGAGCCAUCCUCCGAGAAAAAAAUGCAAAGAGAAAAGGCUCAUUCGGUAGCCAGCGAUGCUCUCAGCACUGCUUCAACUUCCCGCCAGUUGGGCCCUCGAGAAAUCAAACGACGUCCACUCCCUCCGGGCCCUAGUAGUCACUCCUCUCCCGCACCAGCGACACAACCUUUCGAACAGUGGCCUUCAGAAGAAAUGCCGUCUGGCGUGAGGACAAGCUCCGGAUACACGAACUCACACCCCCCGCCCCGGCCACCGAAACAACGCAUGCCAGAAACGCCAGAUGAUGUGGGUUAUGGCCUGGAUCCUCGAUUUGAACCGGAUCCUUAUGACACACCACCACGCCCGUACGCAAUUCAAGACCAAAGACCAAAUUCCCACGAUUCCUACAGCGACUAUGACCGAGUAUCCCGCCAGCACAGCGAUAAAGGCUCCUACCGCAUGGACCCCUAUGAAUCGGACGGCCUGCGUCCAGUCCGAAAGUCUCUGUCCCAGCAGACAGGAGAUCUACCCAGCAAGGCUCCGACAGAUAAUCCGAUCCCAGACUCUCCGCGCAACAUGUCUAACCAAUCGCCUUACCAUUCCUCUCCACCAGUCCGCACACCUCCCAAGGCAAGCUCCUCAAUGCCACCACAACCUCAGCCUUGGCAGAGCAGGUCAAGCACAUCUCCGACCAAGCAUGUCGUAUACCGAGACAGCCCUCUUCGGCAAUCCAUCAGCCAUGUUGACUUGCCUCUGCCCGAUGCUAGCCAUGCCGAUCCACGAUUUGAUGAGGACGAGUGCCCGCCACCGCCACCAGCUCAUCGUGACCAGAUCGCAAGGAUACAGACUGCGGGCCCAUCUUAUCUGGAUUCCCAUGGGCAUCUACCCCCACAGACACCGCUCAAGUACAGCUCGGUGGAAGACCGGAGCCCUCUUCAAAAGUUGGAACGCGACUAUGGCCUACCCCAGGGCUCCUCACCACCAAUUCAGAGACAUCAACAGCAGCCUCCACCAAUACAACCGUACGACCAAAGACUGGUGGAUGACCAUAGGGGAUACAGUUUGCCGCCAGAGGACCGACGAAAUUCACAUAAUGACAAUAUGCUGCAACUUCGACCAUCCUCCGCGAACGAGGUGUCUCUCCGUGAGUAUGCUCCCGAUCGUAGCGGCCUUCACGAACGAUACAACGGUAAUUCGCCGAAAGAUUUCAGACAGUCAGUUGGCUAUGGGCCACCACGCAGGGCACAGACGUUUGAUGCUACCUUUGAGACCUACGAUGACCGUCAAAUUCGAGGUUCGGAACCCGCCAUUAUUCCACCACGGUCUAUCAGUCCCGGCAUACCUCAAACCAUACCACGCAAGUCAAUAACUCCCACACCUACCACUCCGGAACAUCGCAACUCCAUUGGUAGCACUCCAUACGGCCCAGAUUCUUAUGAUGUUCUGAAUCCUGGGACGAGUCCUACGGUGGAAGGUGGUGAUCCUUAUGCCAUCCCUGAUCAAAGUAAAGAUGCUCCCCAACAGCGGGAGUUGGACAGACUGAGAGACCAGGGUCCAAUCAUUGGUAAUGAUGGGCGGGUGAUUGACCCUUCCGACCAUCUUCCUGCAGAUACCUGGGCUCCAGAGCCAGAGAGAAAGAAUCGGCAGCCAGAACACGUCAUCCGAGUACGGACCAAGGAAGAGGCAAGGAUGCAAAAUCGAGGAGGGUCAUUGCCUGCAUCGGCUAUGCCUCGCUCGAUGGCCAACUCGUCAUACCAGCCAUCCCCAACCGCAACUCCAUCAUCCUCUCAGUCUUCACCAGUGCCUUCAGCUCCUUCGAGUACACCUCCGCAGCCGGAGUCCACAAGUGGUCGGAAUAGAUUGAGGAAGCAGAUGCCAAACCGGCCACUACCCGCCCAGCCAUACCCGCUUCCCCAAAGUAGCCCGGCCCUGGUACCUGCAUCUUCAAACGAAGAUCGAGCCAGUCCUUCCAGCCAACGGUACACGAUUUCGUCUUCACCUGCGGGUCCAUUUCCACAACGACCUUCGCUGUCGGAGUACCAGACUCCGGCAACGGAUGAUUAUGAUUAUAGUGCACGAGGAGCACCACCGCUUCCGCAGUACUACUCGACCCCCACAAAAGUUCCAUCAUCUCGACGAGGAAAUUCAACUGGCAGUGCCGACUACGGUCAGGAGGGUUCUCUGGCCAACGCGUCGUUUUAUGGGUCCGAGAACUCGAUGGAGUAUAAGAGAUCUGGUCCGGACUAUGGUCGUGCUCCCGUGUCUCUUUCUCGACCUGGCAACUCGGUGGACCAAGGAAGCUAUGUUCGGCGCGAUUCGCUUGCUCUUGAGUUAAGCACAAUUGACAUUGGGCCUUCGCGAUCGGGCCGAACGGCCUUGAGGCCUGUCCGGGGGUAUGGAGGAUAUUAG